AUGGAGGGCAGCGGCGCGGCCCCGGAGGAGGAGGAGAGCGGGGCCGCGAACGGCGCUCCCCCCCCGCCGCCGCCGCCCACGCCGGCCGCCCCCUGCGGCUUCAGCUCCUCCCUCUGCUUCAGCGCCGCCGCUGCCGAGCCGCAGCCGCCCGCGGCCGGCGGCCGAGUGGUGCAGAACCAGUGGGAGAUCAACAACGCUGCCUGCCAGCCGGAGGAGGAGGAUGAGGAGGUGGUGGGGCAGCGGGACCGGCCGCCGGAGGAGCCCGACCUGGUGAUCGAGGUGUCGGGCCGCCGUAUUCGGGCGCACAAGUCAGUGCUGGCGGCCAAGAGUGACUAUUUUCGUGCCCGCGCCUCACGGGACGUCCUGCGGGUGAAGGGGGUGAGCUACGGGGCGCUGCGGCUGCUCAUCGACUACGUGUACACGGCCCGCAUGGGCGAGGUGCGGCACGACAACCUGGCUGAGGUGGUGAGCGGCGCCCGCGUCCUGCAGAUGCCCUGUGCCCUGCACUGUGCCGCCGAGGCCAUGCGCGCCCAGCUCUGCCUCGGCAACUGCUACCAGCUCCUCUGCCUGGCCAAGAAGCAGCGGCUGGCCGAGCUGCGGGAGGCUGCCUAUCGCUUCAUGAGCGACCAUUACCUGGAAGUGCUGCGGGAGCCCAGCGUUUACGGCCGCCUCAGUGGCGCUGAGCGGGACCUCAUCCUGCAGCAGCGCAUGGAUGCCGGCCGGCCCUGCUUACUGGUGGCCGAGGUCAGCGACGCCUUCGAGCGGCCGGGUGGUGGCAGCCGGCCACAGAGCCGCGAGAGCAGUCGGCCACAGAGUCCCUCCUCCGUGGUGUCGCUGGAGGAGAGUGGCUCCCUCAUUCACUACUACCAGGAGAGCAGCGGUGAGUGGAGGGUGCUGACGCGCCUGCCCGAGGAGGCCAACGCCAAGGGCUGUGCCAUGUGUGUCCUCCACAACUACCUCUUCCUUGCAGGGGGCAUCGUGACGGGGCCGGUGGGCAGCGAACCCAGGGCCCGCCUUUCCGACAAGGUCUUCUGCUAUAAUCCCCUGACUGACACCUGGAGCCAGGUGCGGCCGCUGGCUCAGCCCCGCUCGCAGCUCAAGCUGCUGGCCCUGGAUGGUUACCUCUAUGCUGUGGGGGGCGAGUGCCUCUUCACUGUGGAAAGGUAUGACCCGCGGGCCGACCGCUGGAGCCCUGUGGCGCCUCUGCCCAAGGGUGCCUUUGCUGUGGCUCACGAGGCCACCACUUGCAACGGGGAGAUCUACGUGUCAGGCGGCUCCCUCUUCUACCGCCUGCUCAAAUACGACCCCAAGCGCGACGAGUGGCAGGAGUGCCCUUACAACAGCAGCCGCCGGCGCUCUGCUGACAUGGUGGCCUUCAAGAGCUUCAUCUACCGCUUUGAUGUGAGCAGCGGCCGCGGUGGGGAGCAGGGCCCAGGCACGAGCGGCAGCGUUGAGGUUUUCCGGUACAACACGGUGGCCAAGUGCUGGAGCCAGUGCGCCAGCCUGCGGCCCAGCGGCGGCCCCAUCCAGCCCUUCCGCUGUGCCCCCUUGGGCAACACCAUCUACUGCGUCAACCGGACCGGCACCCUCCGCUUCAGCCUAGCCCAGGACGGUGAGGUGGAAGCCGAUGGUGGGCUCAAGGGCACCUUUGAUGGGGAGCUUCUUAAAGCUCCCUUGGAUGCCAAGGGUGUCCUCCUGCCCUUCGUGCUUACUCUGCCUGAGAGGCUGGACAAAACAGGGGACCAGGAGGGCUCCCUCCCACUGUAAAGUGGCCAGCCUGGCUCUGGCUUCCUGAGAGGGGAGCUGGCUUGCAGAUCCACAAACUCCCAUCUACGCAGGGGACCUUCUCUGUUGUGUCUGCAGAGAAAAGGGACUUCCUCUUUCCUCCUCUCUGGUCUCAAGAUGUUGAGCUGGUUUUAACUCAGCUGUAACUCUUCUCAUGUUUGCUGGGCUUUGUGUGAAAAGCCAAGCACACAAAAGUAAAAGCUGCUAUAAAGGAUAAUCUCUGGAUUAUGUUUGUGCCAUUCCCCAAUCUGAGAAAAACGUUUUUAAACCUGGAUUUCUAAAAUAUUCUUGACAACAGUGUCAUAAUGGGACAUUAGUGUUGGUUGUGUGUUUACACAUAGUUGCAAUCUGGGCUGGAGCCUUUUCUGUCAUUUGUGGUUUUUUUUCCCCUCUGGGAUGAUACUGAGGGAUAAAUAUUGCUGGCAACAUAGUUUAGCUGCAUUAAACCAACUAUUUCCUGUGUUUAAAAAGUAUAGGAAGAACUUCUCCAUCACAGCCUUUCAUUUCUGGUGCAAUAGAUGGUUUAAGGAAGCUGUGGCACUGUAUUAGUCCCAGGAAUUUCAGCCACAGAUGAGGUUGAUGAGAUACCAAACUUAAUUACUUAAAACUUGUGUUUUAAGUAACACAAAUGUGAGCCACAUGUUUUACUUGGAAUGCAAAGAAAAAAGAAAAAAAAAGGCAAGUUACCGUUCUAUAAUGUGGCAUUUUAUGGUAGAUAUGAAAUGUUGAUAUGUUCUUUAAUUGAAAAAGGCAAUGUUUUCUGUAUGAAAAUAUACUGUUUUAUUACUUUUCUUGAUCAGAGAUUUUGAAUUAAAAAUGAACUGAAGCUGUUCAAAUUGCAACCAAUUGACAUGACCAUGUAUGCUACUAGAGCUGGGAAAAAACUUUGUACUUCAUAUGCUCUUUAAUUAACUGCAGGUCAAGGAAGGUUAACCUAAAUCAACCUGUGGCAAAAGGCCUUUCCCACUUAUUUUCAAGACCAUCAAAAGGGGACAUGGAAAACAGGAAUGUGCUACACAUAUUAAAUUGUGCACUAGCAUGAUGUUACUUCCCUGUCUUUUGAGAGACUGCUUUAUUUAUUUUGAACUAAUGAUUGCUGUAAUCAAUAAGUCCUUGUUAAUUGCAGUACGUGCUGAUGGCAUAUGCUGUCAUUGUGAUUCUAAACUGCCCAAGAGUGCUGUUUGUGGGGCAGCAUCCAAGUGAGGCAAAACCAUACAAAACUUCUUCCUGCCUGUGGAAAGUUGGAGCACACUUUUUGUCAUGUUACUCAGAACUGGAAAACAUGAAAUGUCUACACAGACAGACUAUAUUGAAAAGGGCACAUGCAUUUAUUUUAUACAUUUUAUAUUUUAAAAAAAUCAGUAGGCAAGGCAAAUGUUUUAGCUUUAUGGUAAAUCACUGAGAAACCUUUUCUGAAAAAAGAACCUGUGUUUUUGGUGGUUCAGUGCUGAAUAUUCAGCAUGGAACUCGCAUGGACUGUGGAAGAGAAUUGUUUAUACUCAAAGCUCUAGUAUAGAUUCAUAUUUUAGAAAGACAUAGGGACCUUGCAUCAAAAAAAGCAGAUAUUUUUAUGUUUUAUUAAGAGGUUUUGUUAAACAGGACUUUAGCAUUCUUACACAUAAUUGCUAGUUCCAAAGGAAGGCAGCAGGCUCUGUCCUAUGAAACAGCAUCUGUACAAAAGAGAAUAGUGAACUUCAUAGAUACUUCUUUCUUUCUCUUUAUUGUUUGGGUUUUUGUUUUGUGUUUUUUUUCUUUUUUCUCAUUGCUGUUGCACAGGGUUUUAAUGCAGCUGAUCUGGUUAGUCAUUCUAUAGAAAACAGUGAUCCAGUCUUAAAAGUUCUUAGCCAAGUGAGCCUGUUCCCUAGUGAGCUAAUUAAAGCAUAAGCCAGGCAGGAGCUGUAGGCCUGCAGAGUGUGACAUUUAUCUUAGCCUCAGUACAGGUUGGUGCAGUGGAAUUUAACAUCCUUCACAGAAUAUUUGAUUUAAUUCUCAGAUGAGAAUCCUUGGAAAUAUUGACUCUAGAUUAAAUUACAGCAUUGUAGUUUGAGCAGGAAAGAAAAAUUACAUGUUUGCUUUCAGCAUAAUUUUUAUGUUAACUGUAGAAAGUAUUUCAAGCUGUGUAAUGCAAGGCUUUAGAUGCAUACUUAAACUAGAGAUGUAAGUGCUUGGCCAGAUUUUGAAAUAGUAGCAUCACCAGGAGCACAAGGAAAUGUCUGUUUUAUCUUGCAAUACAAGGCAAUUUCAUAGUUCAAAGACUUACGUAGUAUAGUUCUUAUACUACAGUGUAGUAAGGUAUCAAGCCAGGUUUUGCAUUCCUAUUAAUUAAGCAUUUUCAUUCUGCUAAUCCAUGAAAAUGCUUCUAAAUGAAUUUUGGGAAGUUUCCAUGGUUUAAGAUGUUACAAUAAUCCACAAACUUUUGGGAUAGAAUGAACCAUAUCCUUUCUUCCAAUAUUAAUUGCUGUACACUAUGAAGAAAUACAUUUCUACAGUAAUAACUGUUCAAGAAACCUGCAGUGGUGGGUGUUUUUGCUAGCUUCUAUUUUUUAAAAAAGUUGAAUCAAGUGCUUACCUGCUUUCACUGUGUACACAGUGUCAGUGGGGAGAGUCUGGGCUUCAUUAGCAGCUGUCUAUCAAUUCUGUGUCCUUUGUACACUGCAUAGUCACAGACUGAUGAUUAACAUCAGAGGCAUGUUUCUAGCCAGAUUUCCUACUCUGUGGCCUCUGUUUCCUCCCUGGUAGGCCUGAGGCAGGUUUGCUGAGAAUUGUUUUCUCCCCCAAUUCUAUCUUCACAAAGAAACCCCACCCCUCCCUGCCCGCCCCCAAAUUUGGGUACUAAAACCAUAACUUAGUCUUCAGGCAUUUAAAGACUGAAAUUGUCAUUCCAGAACCCUCUAGUUUUACUUAAACCUAGCACAACUGUCUCUUUGACAUGUGGAGCUGCUGAGCAGUUCCCCUCCACCCAUUUGGAACUGCUCAGAGCAGUUCCACACCUGCCUACCAAGUGGGAUAUCCAGAAACCACUGAUGUAAUAGGGUUUAAUUUAGGUACAAACUGAAAGGCCAGGCCACCCUCAAGUUGUGUUUGCAUGUGUGUUUUGCUUUUAAAUCAGCCCUUUUCUCUAGAGUAGCCUGAAGUGUACUUGGCAUAGGAACAUGAAGACCUGUGUGUGCUUUCUUAGCCUCCAAGCAUUCAGUCCACAUCUCCCACCCUCUGGUUGGUUGUCAAUGGACUAAAGAAACUCUUGGAGUUAGACAAGGUAGUCAUCCUCACAGAGUGAUCUGAGACAAGCUAGAGAGACAUAGUCUGCCCUGCUGUCUUUCUUCCCCCUGAAUGUUACAGUCCUCCCAUUUUAAUGGGACAUGCAGGAGAUAGUUGCCCUAAUUUUUCAGGGAAUAAUUUUUCCUCCCUACACUACCCCUGUUUUCAAGGUUGUCUGCUAGGGAAUUGAGGCUUGAAUUCCCAGAAGCUUAGUGAGGACUGAACUGGGGCCUUGCUGUUCGUGUGUGUGUGUGUGUGUGUGUGUGUGUGUGUGUGUGUGUGUGUGUGUUCUCAAACCUCGAUGGCUGCUCAGGAGAGGUACAUGGGAACCACAUCCUGCAGCUCUUCCUCAGGGGUGAGCUUCAUGCAAAUCCUCCAAAAGCUCACACACACAGGCUCCUGUACGUUGAGUUCUGAGUAGAUUCCAGGCCCCACCUCUUGGAUGGGUAAUUCAGCAUGGAUCUUGUAUGAGUUGAUACAAUCAGAUGUGUUUUCUUUGGAAAGCUUUUGCAGACAGGCUCUGUGUUUUGGGUGACCAGUCUGAGGUGAGCUCCUCUAUAUGCUGUACUGGGCAGCCAGACAGGUAAUUUGGAUUCUUCUCAGGGGUACCAUCUUAGUAAAGAGGCAUUGCAGUACCUAACAAUGAAAUGCCUAAAGCCUUCAUUGAACCUAAAACUAAAUCCCGAUUUCAAGAAAGAAAUGCGAUUAACAGAUGAAAGCUUACUGUUUCUAUCUACUAACUGGUUCUGUAAAAUAGAAUCUUCAUUGCAGCAAAAGCAUGUGUACAGAUUCUGUUUACACUUGAAACUAAGUCAAAAAAGUAAUUGGCAAAAGAAUAAUCCUGUUUGAUCAAAACUGGCACUGUUAAGCAACAUGGGGAGGAUGUUAGUCUUACCCUAGUAAUGGCUAAAAAUGUGCAGUUGCUGAUGUAAAUUCUAUCCACAGAAAGUUACUUUGUAAAUAAAUACCUGGUAAAAUUUAAAGUGAUGAAAGAAUAAAUUACUCACAUGAAAGCCAUACCUCUCCUGUGCUGUUUAAUUGGCUCUCAGAGUGCUGUAUCCCAAUUACCACUAUUCAUGAGUGGCUAUUGCUUUUCCUGAUUUACAUCAUGUAUUCUGUUGACUGCUCCAUAAAUGUGUUAACCUUCAUUAUCACAAAACUUAACAGUGUUGCUGGUGCUUUGUGUCUGGACUGAUAUGUAGUGUUUUCUGCUGGAAUUAAUCCAGAUCUAGACAGAAUCCUAUCUUUGGGCUUUUUUGUUUUUACCCAGUAGCAUUGCUCCUGGGAAACUUAAGAAAACACAAGAAGGGGAAACAGUAGUACUGUUGAGCAGUCAUAGUAAAAAGCAUUUUAUUAAUUUGUCUUUUUUCUGCUUUUAUUUUCCAGAGUGGAUUGGCACUGGUUUAGCAGAACAGCCUCUGUUUAGCUUUUAGCAAUAGUAUGAGUCUGAGUACUAUUGUAGCAAAGUAUGUUUUUACCUAUUUUUACCUAUUUCCUGCCUCAGUUCCUACUCUGAGGUAAUGUAGUGCAAGUUUGUAAUAGUUCCAUGCAUUUACUAGGUUACUGGAACUAUUCUGACUUCAUAUUACUGCUACUAAAAGCAGAGAUUGACACACAAGCUCAGUAAAAUUGCGUGCUCAGAGUAUGCGAUCACACACGUUUCAUUUGGUUUGGCCUACUGAAUGCUGAAAGCUGCUGGAAUGAACCCUCUGGUAUUAGGAAUCAGCAGGAGUGCUGGUUUUUGCUGGGGUCAAGUUAAUUUUCUUCACAGUAGCUGGUAUGGGGCUGUGUUUUGGAUUUAUGCUGAAAACAGUGCUGAUAAUAGAGCUGCUUUCAUUGCUGCUGAGCAGUGCUCACACAGAGCCAAAGCAUUUUCUGCUCCUCACCCCACCUCAGCAGCAAGGAGGCUGGUGGUGCACAAGAGCUUUGGAGGGGACACAUCUGGGACAGCUGACCCCAACUGACCACAGGGAUAUUGCAGACCAUUUGUUGUCAUGCUCAGCAUAUAAAGAUGGAGGAAGAAAAAGGAAGGGAGGACAUUUGGAGUGAUGGAGUUUGUCUUCCUGAGUCACCUCUAUGUGUGUUGGAACACUGCUUCCCUGGAGAUGGCUGAACACCUACCUGCCCAUGGGAAGCAGUGUAUGAAUUGCUUGUUCUGCUUUGCUUGUAGGUGCAGCUGGUUAUUAAACUGUCUUUAUUUCAACCCAUGAGUUUUCUUGCUUUCCCCCUUCUGAUUCUCUCCCCCAAAUCACUGGGAGGAGUGAGUGAGUGGCUGUGUGAGGCUGAGCUGCUGGCUGGGGUUAAACUGCAGCAGCAUCCUAUUUCACAGACUAACUUUCAUUUAUUACUCAAAGGAAAGAAAUGGGAGUGAGUAGGAGGGAAGAGAUGAAUUCAGAGUCAAAAAGUAGCUACUGUAUAUCCAGUUGAAACAAAUAGCAGGAAUGGGAAACUACACUUGGUACUUGAAACAGUGAUGACUAUAGGGCCAGGUUUUUUCAAAUAUUUCUUGAACAGGCUAGGUUUUUUACCAAUUAUAUUGCUACUUCUUACCAUAUUUCACCUGCAAUGCUUCUCAAACCACCAGAGUGUUUAAUAAGCUACCUUCUGCAGGAGUCUCUUGCUUUGCUUUCAAGUCUUAGUGAAUAAACCCUCGACAAAUCUGUGAAAUCAUGAAAUAACAAUGUUGAUGCUUCCACUUUCAACAGAUGAAUGCAAAUUCUUUAGACACUGUUCACAGUUCAGGUGAAUUAUAUGUGUAACUGAUUUAAUUUUUGAAGCAUAUAUAGGUAAAGCUUUUUAUGUACUCCCAAUUUAUGUUGUAAUGAAAUAAAUACUUUAAAAAAAGAUUAUGUUCCCCAUUAA